UUCUUCCACUCGAACCCACCAAACACGAUCAAAGACUAAUAUCCAUCGUAUCUUACGACCACCCACUUGCGAGAACCGGUCUUUCCUCGCAACCCAGCCUUCGAAUACCCCAGAAGACCUGCAAAGAUCCCACCUUUCGUUAGAAGGAAGAAGCAGCAGCGGAAGGGAAGAUGAGUUACUUGAACAGGGCGUGGAUGGCCGUCGGCGUGGCGGCGGUGCAGGGCCACUCGGACCAGGGCAUGCGGCUCAAGUCCGGCCUCAAAUCGGUCCAGCCCGGGAAGAGGCGGCUCUUCUCCGGAUCCGACUCGGCGGACCUACGGCCGCUCGCCGGGGCCGUCGGGUCGGGGCUCGACGGGGCGGCCUCGAGGGGCUGCCGCGACGGGGAGGAGAGGCAGCGGCAGGCCGACGAGUCGCUGAGGAACGUCAUGUACUUGAACUGCUGGGGUCAGAGCUGAAGUGUUUGAGAUUUCCAGAAGUGAUCUAAUCUGUUUAUGGAGAUGCGAUGAUGAGAAGAGAAGCCCCGGUAGAUGAAUCGAAACGGGGCGGCUCUGAGUUGACCCGGGGUUGACUGAGCUUGAGUGGUCGGAAUGUUUGGCAGACGAGACGAUGAAACAUUCGGACUUGUUGGAGCUUGGGAAGCGAAGAAGAUAGAUUUACAUAACCAAGUGGAGGGUUGUGAAUUUGUGGUUGUAAAUAUCUUGAGAAAUGGAAAGAAAGAAAAGAAAAAAGUAGACUUUUUCGGUUCGACAA